GCCAAAAUACUUCGAACCUUCCACCUCUGUUCAAGUCAAAAAACAGAACCAAUCAAAUCCUUGAUGUUAGCCACUUCUCCAUCCUCUUCAACGACCCCAGUUCUGACUUCCUUCACUGAGGAAGAGGAAGAGGAAGAGGAAGAGGAAGAGAGCCAGAGCGAUGGAGAGGGAGAGAGAUGCGGCGUCUAGGCCUGGGCCUCAGCUGCAGGGCGUGGUAAUAAUCUCCCUCCCUCCUCCCGACGACCCCUCCAAAGGUAAAACCAUCACCGCCUUCACCCUCUCCGACUCCCCCCUCCCCCAAUCCGAUCCCCAUCCCCAUCCCCAACCACGAGGCUCUCUCCCCACCCGAUCUCCCACGCCGAUCCCCCGCCGCUCCCUCCUCUCCCCCAAGAAGGCCCUGGCCACCUUCCUCGGCGCCUCUCUCCUCGCCUUCUCCCUCUGGGCCUGCCUCUUCGCCGAGGAGCCUCUCCAGCUCCUCGGAGAGAACGAAGAGGACGGCCGCCGCCGCAACGAGUCCCGGUCCUUCCUGUUCCCACUCUACUCCAAGUCCCGAGGCCGGGUUCUUCGGGAGGUUAUGAAGGUUAAGUUCGCUUCUCUCUGGACCCCAGAUGGGGUGGAGGUACGGCGGGCAAAACAGAGCAACAAGCUGGAGGCAUCUUCUUCCGCCCGGUUUCCUGUCAGAGGCAAUGUUUUCCCAGAUGGACAAUAUUAUACUUCUAUCCUUGUUGGAAAUCCACCUAGACCUUACUUUCUUGAUGUGGAUACCGGGAGUGACCUGACAUGGAUUCAAUGUGAUGCUCCAUGCUCCAGCUGUGCCAAGGGACCCCAUCCACUGUACAAACCUACUAAAGGAAAAAUAGUUCCACCUGGAGAUUCUAUGUGCCUGGAAAUGCAGAGUAAUCAGAACCUUGGAUAUUGCGAGUCUUGCCCCCAAUGUGACUAUGAGAUAGAAUAUGCAGAUCAUAGCUCCUCCAUGGGUGUUCUUGCAAGGGAUCAAAUGUAUCUUACUGUUGCAAAUGGUGGCAGGACAAAAUUGGAUUUUGUCUUUGGGUGUGCAUAUGAUCAACAAGGUCAACUUUUAGCCUCUCCUGCAAAAACAGAUGGAAUCCUUGGACUUGGUAGAGGGAAAAUUAGUCUUCCUUCUCAGUUAGCUAAUCAAGGGAUCCUCUCUAAUGUCGUGGGUCAUUGUUUUACAAGUGAAGCUGAUGGAGGUGGAUAUAUGUUCUUAGGUGAUGACUUUGUACCUCGGUGGGGUAUGACAUGGGUUCCCAUACUUGGUGAUCUCACAAAUUAUUACCGUGCUAGAGUUCUGAAAAUAAGUUAUGGAGGCCAGCAACUCAAGGUGGGGAGGAAGGGGGGCAAUGUGAUCCAAGUAGUUUUUGAUAGUGGCAGCUCUUAUACUUAUUUCCCAAAUGAAGCAUAUGCCAGCCUGGUUGCUUCUCUUAAAUAUGUAUCCCGUGGUCUUGUCCGAGAUGACUCCGACCCAACACUGCCAAUAUGCUGGCGAGCCAAUUUUCCUGUCAGGUCUCUAAAAGACGUGAAGCAGUUCUUUGAACCUGUGACCUUACAAUUUGAGAAAAAAUGGGGGAUCAUGUCCAGAACAUUAACUAUUCCUCCUGAAGGUUACUUAAUAAUAAAUAAUCAAGGCAAUGUAUGCUUUGGUAUUCUUAAUGGAACUGAAGUGCAUGAUGGAAUGACAAUUAUAUUAGGAGGUAUAUCUUUGCGUGGGAAGUUGGUUGUGUAUGAUAACAUGCAGCAAAAAGUUGGAUGGGUUCAGUCAGACUGCAUUAAACCACAAAGACCUAGGGGAUUUCCUUUCUUUAUCUGAGAUGCAUCGGAUUUCCAGCUAGAAAGGUAUUUGAGAUGGUACCAAUCACUUGAUAUCAACUAGAAUGCAGUUGAAGAUACAUGUUCAUGAGUCUUCUUGGUUAUGUAUUUAUAAAUAAUACUGGUUUGAUUGCAACUGGCAGUCUCUGCAUUGUGUUAUUGUACAGAAAAUUAGAACAAAACCUCAUUUAUUUUAUAAAUCUUUGUGUUCUUGUUGAUGCA